AUGCCAAAACACGAAUUCUUAACACCGAAAGCAAUCGCAAAUCGCAUAAAAGCGAAAGGUCUCCAAAAAUUAAAAUGGUACUGUCAAAUGUGCCAAAAGCAAUGUCGUGACGAAAAUGGAUAUCAGUGCCAUAUUCGUUCUGAAUCUCAUCUUCGUCAAAUGGAUCUCUUGAAAGAGAGUCCUUCGAUGUAUAUGCAAGGUUAUUCUAAACAAUUCCAUGAUGACUUCAUUAAAUUGCUCUCUAGAAGAGUUCAUGCAAAUCUUGUAUAUCAAGAAUAUAUUGCUGAUAGGCAUCAUAUACACAUGAACGGUACAAUUUGGGAUACUUUAACUGAUUUUGUAAAACAUUUGGGAAAAGAAGGUACUUGUGCCGUUGAUGAGACACCAAAAGGAUGGUUUAUUAGUUGGAUUGACAACAGUCCUAAGGCUUUGGCUAGACAG